AUGAAGCUGCUUGUUUGUCUCGUCGUGCUGUCGGCUGUACUGAUUACAGGAGGCGACGCGCAGUCAGAUGUCUGCGGCAUGGCACCGCUCAACACAAAGAUCGUCGGGGGUGCAGAUGCUGUUGCCGGGGCUUGGCCAUGGCAGGCCAGUCUGCACAAUAGUGUCGGCCAUUUCUGUGGAGGAUCUCUGAUCAACAGCCAGUGGAUCCUGACUGCUGCUCACUGUUUCCCCUCAACCAGCACUCAAACAAUCGUUUAUCUCGGACGUGAGACACAACAAGGUGUGAAUUCCAACGAAGUGUCCCGCUCAGUGUCCCAGAUCAUCAAACAUCCCAACUACGACCCCAAUACGAAUGACAACGACAUCGCCUUGUUGCAGCUCGCCUCUUCCGUUACCUUCACCGACUACAUCAAACCUGUGUGUCUGGCGUCGUCGGGCAGCACCUAUGCGGCCGGGACAAACACCUGGGUCACCGGAUGGGGGGACAUCAAGAGCGACGUGUCUCUUCCUUCCCCACAGACGCUGCAGGAGGUGAACGUUCCCAUCGUGUCUAACACUGUGUGCAGCGAGUCCUACACUCUCACAAGCAACAUGAUCUGUGCCGGUCUGACAGCAGGAGGAAAGGACUCCUGUCAGGGGGAUUCAGGCGGUCCGCUGGUGAGCCAAAAUGGCACUCAAUGGAUCCAGGCCGGCGUGGUGAGUUUCGGACGCGGCUGCGCUGAGCCCAACUUCCCGGGAGUCUACGCCAGAGUGUCCGAGUAUCAGUCCUGGAUCAAUGGCCAGAUCAGCAGCGACCAGCCGGGCUUCGUCCAGUUCUCCGGCGCUGCACUGGUGUCCCUCUCAGUUCCUCUGCUGCUGUCUGUGUUACCCCUCCUCUUCUCUCUCUUUGUGCUCUCAUAA